UUGAGCAACAUCCUCUCUUGUUAUCUUUCUCAUCAUACACUAUUGAUUAAUUCUCCUAUUAUUCCUAAGUGAACGUUUUCGGAUCUUCCCAUCAGUAACAGAGCCAAGCAAAUCCCCGGAAAAUGUCGAACCAACCAGGGCGAAAUUUGGGACACCAGGCAGGCCAAAUCACUGGCCAAGCUCAGGUGAAGAAAGAUGAGUAUGUGAAUCAGGCAAAGGAGACAUCUCAGUCGGCAGCGGAUAGGGCGUCCGGCACGGCACAGGCUGCUCAGAACUAUGCUUCCGAGCUCAAGGACCAGGCCACCAACAUCCUCCAGCAGACGGGAGGGCAAGUCAAGAGCAUGGCGUAUGGAGCAGCUGAAGCAGUGAAGAGCACUCUGGGAAUGAACAAUGAAGACACCGCCAUCGGCGCAGCCAACAACCGUCCCGGCAGCAACCCCGGCAAUCCUGUUUCCGGUGGCAACCCCAGCAAUCCCGUCUCUGGCGGCAACCCCAUAAACAGGGCUUGAUGAAGUUCAUUAAGAAAUUAAUAAAUCUCGGCAGGGAGACAUAUGUUCUCUUGUGCUCUAGAAUUAAUGUUCCAGUUAAUUUAUUUUAUUCGUUUCGAUUUUUGUCGAGAGUGCACGGAGAGCCAAAAUCAAGGCUCCCGCACGAUUUGUUUUAGUUUUAUUCUAUUGUUUGGGCUGAUAUAACACAUCUCAGCUGCAUUCUUUUGUACUGAAUCUCCUACGAAUUGAAUUUGAUUUAGUUCUCAUUUUCGAACAA